UCAUUGUCGGGUGGACUUGACUUCAGUGAGGAAUCAACUUUUCUAACGCGUUUAGUCCAUUACUGAUGUUUUUCCCACUUCUUUAUCAACCAUCUACUCUUGUUCUCUUUCCCAACUACUCUCAGACAUCAGUUUGGUACUUUACUCAUUGUUGUUCAUUUAUCACUGAGCUUCCUUCCUUGUUCUCUCGCUAACCACUCUCUCAUCAAUCAAAGGUUCGUUUAUCUUUUUCAUUAACAAUUAUAUUGAUCAUAGUUUCAAUAAUAGUUCUCUUUUGGUUUUAAGGUACUCAUUGUGGGAAUACAAUGUCCUCCACUUCCUUUAGCAAUGGAUGGAAAUAUGAUGUUUUCCUCAACUUCAGAGGCUCUGAUACUCGCUAUGGUUUUACUGGUCAUCUCUACAAAGCUCUGUGUGAUAGAAAAGUCCGCACCUUCAUUGAUGAUGAGGAGCUUCAAAGAGGAGAACAGAUCACACCAUCACUCUUGAAGGCAAUUGAAGAGUCCAGGAUUUUCAUCCCAGUGUUCUCCAAGAACUAUGCCUCUUCCACUUUUUGCUUAGAUGAACUUGUCCACAUCUUUGCCUGUGUUAAGGAAAAGAGUAGAUUAGUUUUGCCGGUUUUUUAUGAGGUUGAUCCUUCUCAUGUACGACAUCAAAGAGGUAGCUACAAAGAAGCACUGAAUAGCCAUAAGAAGAGGUUCAAUGAUGACCAAGAGAAAUUGCAGAAAUGGAGGAAUGCUCUGAGUCAAGCAGCUAACUUGUCGGGCUAUCAUUUCAAACAGGGGAAGGAAGAAUAUGAAUAUGACUUUAUUGCUAAGAUCGUUAAAGAGGUUUCUCAAAAAAUUAAUCGCACUCUUUUGCAUGUUGCGGAUUUCCCCGUUGGACUGGAGUAUCGUAUGCAAGACGUAAACUCACUUGUGAAUAUUGAAUCUGGUGGAGUCCACAUGAUAGGAAUCCAUGGAGUCGGCGGAGUAGGCAAAUCAACACUUGCUCGAGCAAUUUAUAAUUUGAUUGCCGAUCAAUUUGAAGGGUAUUGUUUUCUUAAUGUGAGAGAAUACUCAAUGCAAAAUGGAUUGGUGCAUCUCCAAAAGAAACUUCUUUCUAAAACAAUUGGAGAGAAGGGUAUUAAGUUAGGAGGUGUCAAUGAAGGAAUUCCAAUAAUAAAGCAUAGGCUCCACUUAAUGAAGAUUCUUUUGUUUCUUGAUGAUGUCGAUGAUCUAGAUCAGUUGCGGGCAAUUGCUGGAGGGACAGAAUGGUUUGGUUCUGGUAGCAGGAUCAUCAUUACCACCCGAGACAGGCAUUUACUAACUUGCCAUGGGGUUAAAAAUAAAUAUGAGGUACAUGGGUUAAAUAAAGAAGAAGCUCUUAAAUUGCUUACCUGGAGUGCUUUUAAAAUUGAUAAAGUGGAUCCAUGUUACGUCAACAUUUUAAACCGUGUAGUAACUUAUACUUCUGGCCUUCCAUUGGCUUUGGAAGUAAUAGGUUCCAACUUGUCUGGAAAAAGGAAAGAAGUAUGGGAAUCUGCCCUAGAUCAGUAUGAAAGAAUUCCAGAUAAAAAGAUUCAAGACAUACUUAAAGUAAGUUUUGAUUCUUUACAAGAAGAUGAGCAUAAAAUUUUUCUUGAUAUUGCUUGUUGCUUCAAAGGAUAUGAUUUUACAUAUGUUAAAGAAGUACUUUCUAUCCAUCAUGGUUUUUGCCCUAAAUAUGCUAUAGGAGUGUUGAUUGACAAAUCUCUCCUAUGUCGACGGUCCAGUUACUUGACAAUGCAUGACUUGAUAGAGGACAUGGGUAAAGAAAUUGUAAGACAGGAAUCUCCAGGAGAGCCAGGCAAACGCAGUAGGUUAUGGUUGCAUGAAGAUAUAGUUCAAGUCUUAGAAGAAAAUGAGGGAACUAGUAGAAUUCAAAUGAUAAUUCUGGAUUGCCUCAAAUAUGAAGUAGUACAAUGGGAUGGAAUGGCCUCCAAGGAGAUGAAUAACCUCAAAACACUCAUUGUUAAAGGUGGUUGCUUUUCCAAUGGUCCCAAACAUCUUCCAAAUAGUUUAAGAGUACUAGACUGGUGGGGAUAUCCUUCACGAUCUUUUCCAAGUGAUUUUCAACCGAAGAAACUUGUCAGAUUACAGUUACCUUAUAGUCACUUAAUGUGUCUCAAUUUGUUGUCUUCGAACAAGAUGUUCGUGAAUAUGAGUGUUUUGAAUUUUAAUGACUCUCCAUAUAUAACAGAGAUACCUAACUUAUGUUGUGUCCCAAAUUUACAAAAAUUAUCAUGUCGCUAUUGUGAUAAUUUGAUUAAAAUACACAAAUCGGUUGGAUUCCUGGAUAAACUUGAAGUCUUAGAUGCUGAUAAAUGCAGCAAACUUAGCAGAUUUCCACCUCUCUUGAAAUUGACCUCUCUUAAAGAACUCGGGCUUUCAUGUUGUCCUAGUCUUGAGAUAUUUCCAAAAAUAUUAGGAAAGAUGGAAAAUGUAACUUCCCUUUAUAUUUCAUACACGCCCAUAAAAGAACUGCCAUUUUCCAUUCAAAAUCUCACUCGACUUCAAAGACUUGAACUAGUGGCUUGUGGAAUUGUUCAGCUUCCAAGUAGCAUCUAUGCGAUGCAGGAACUUCGCCAUUUGAUUGUGAAGGCAUGCAAGGGGUUGCUUUUACCCAAAGAGGAUAAAGGUGAGGUACAAACGAACUCAUUGGUCUUUAAAAACACCAUUGUUCUUGAUCUUUCAAAGUGCAAUAUAUCAGACAAAAGCCUUCAAAGAGGUCUCCAUUUGUUUGCCAAUAUGAGAGAAUUAUACCUAUCAUAUAAUGAUUUCACAAUUCUUCCUGCAAGCAUUAAAGAAUGUCACGUUUUGACAAAAAUUUAUUUGAAAGGUUGUGAGAAUCUUCAGGAAAUUAGAGGGGUUCCACCUAACUUAGAAGGAUUCUCUGUAAUAGAGUGCUCAUUGUUGAAAGAUUUAGACCUCACACUUCUUCCUACAGAGAACAAAAAACGGUUCUUUUUGAGGAUGCUUUAUGUAACUGGAUGCAAGAAUCUUAAAAAAAUUGAAGGGAUUCCACAGAGGAUAGAAGUGCUCAGAGUAACAUUUUGCUCAUCCUUGAAAAUUGUAGAAUUUACUCUUCAUCCUGCAGGCACCCAAGGUUUUCACCUUCGGAGGGAAAUUGUUCUGGAUAACUGUGAGAAUCUUCAAGAAAUAAAAGGGAUUCCAUUUGGCAUUCAAUAUUUUUCGGCAAGGGAUUGUCAUUCAUUGUCUUCCGAGUGCAGAAGCAUGUUACUGAGUCAGGAAUUGCAUGAGACUAGGGAAUGUGGAGUGUUUUAUUUGGCAGGAACAAGGAUUCCAGAAUGGUUUCAUCAUUGUAUCAAUGGAUCGUCAAUUUCUUUCUGGUUUCGUAACAAUUUCCCUUCAAUAUCUCUGGGUGUUGUUGCUGGACCCAAGAGUUAUUUAAAUGUGCAUUCCAGAUUUAGGAUCAAUAUCAAUAACAAUAUAACAUUUAAUUUAGGAAUAAGGAAUCAUUUGGUUCAAGUACGUCAUCAUCGGGUGGAGCUAGCCUCGAUACCUAUAGUUUUUUGGGGAAAUAAAUGGAAUCGUGUGGAAUGUACUGUAUACCCACUUCAAGAGUUCAUCAAACAAAUUGGAAUCCAUGUUUUGGAACAAGGAAACAACAUGGAGGACAUCCAAUUUACCAAUCCGCUGUCGUCCUCAGGGGAAAUGAACAAAAAGAGGAAAAAGAGGGGAACCAGGCGUCCUGCUCCUCCCCAAGUACUGGAGGGCCCAUUGUCCAGAUUGAUUUUUAAAGUAAACUCAGUUUUAUGACAUGUAUGAUUAUAUACCUUCAAAAAUAUAUUUAUAUGUUAAAAUUUUGCUUGAAAAUUAGUUUUGUAGAAGUAAGUCUUGGGUUGCUUUUGCAAUCUGGAUUACAGUAGGGAGAACUCAAAAAGUAUUUUUACUUUGAAAGUUUGAAAAAUGAUGAUGAGAAAAUUAAGUUGUAUGUUUUUUACGAGUAAUAACUCAUCUUGAGUGGUAAGAAAGUUAGGAAGAGGGGAGAGAGAAUGUGAAGUGUUAAUU